ACUCUUCACUUCACUCACACACAACCUUCCUUCUUCAGACAGAGCUUUCUAGGGUUUCUAAUGUCUCCUCUCUCUCUCCUCCUCUCGAUUCUCCUCCUCUCUCUUCCUCCUCCCUCACUCCAAGACCUCUCCGCCGACAAAUCCGCCCUCCUCUCUCUCCGCUCCUCCCUCGGCGGCCGCACAUUCCUCUGGAACCCCAAACAAACCUCCCCAUGCAACUGGACCGGCGUCUCCUGCGACUCCGACCGAGUAACCGCCCUCCGCCUCCCCGGCGUCGCGCUCUCCGGCCAGAUACCCGAGGGUAUUUUCGGUAACUUAACAAAUCUCCGCACCCUCAGCCUCCGUCUCAACGCCCUAACCGGAACGCUCCCGUUAGAUCUCGGCAGCUGCUCAGACCUCCGGCGGCUUUACCUCCAGGGGAACAGAUUCUCCGGCGAGAUACCGGAGGUUUUAUUCAGCCUCAGCAACCUCGUGAGGCUGGAUCUUGGAGAUAACGGUUUCUCCGGGGAGAUCUCCUCAGGGUUCAAGAACCUCACGAGGCUCAAGACUCUGUACUUAGAGAAUAACAAACUCUCUGGGCCUUUAGUGGAUAUGGGCUUGGGCUUGGGUUUGGAUCAGUUUAAUGUUUCUAACAACUUGUUGAACGGAUCUAUACCCAAGAAUCUUCAGAGAUUCGAUUCCGAUUCGUUUCUUGGGACUUCUCUAUGCGGGAAACCGCUUGGUGUUUGUAAUAACGAAGGAACUGUGCCGAGUCAGCCUAUUUCUGUCGGGAACAUUCCAGGGAGUGAUGGGAAGAGAGAAAAAGGGAAGCUUUCUGGUGGAGCGAUAGCUGGGAUAGUGAUUGGUUGCGUGGUUGCGUUCUUCGUGGUUGUUAUGGUUCUGAUGGCUCUCUUUGGGAAGAAGAGGACAAGGGAGGUCGACGUUGGAAGAACCAUCAAGCAGCUUGAUAUCGAAUCUCCCGGGGAGAAAGCGGCGGUGGAAGCAGCGACUGAGAGUGGAUACGAGGCGGCGGCUGUGACGGGGAACGCGGAAGUGAACGGUUCAGGGACGAGGAGGAAGUUAGUGUUCUUUGGGAACGCUACGAAGGUGUUCGAGCUGGAGGAUCUGCUGAGAGCUUCUGCGGAGGUUUUGGGGAAGGGGACGUUCGGGACGGCGUAUAAGGCGGUGCUUGACGCGGCGACGAUGGUGGCUGUGAAGAGGCUGAAGGAUGUGACGAUGGCGGAUAGAGAGUUCAAGGAGAAGAUUGAGGUUGUUGGGGCGAUGGAUCAUGAGAACUUGGUGCCGUUGAGAGCUUAUUAUUACAGUGGUGAUGAGAAGCUGCUUGUGUAUGACUUCAUGCCUAUGGGAAGCUUGUCUGCUCUCUUACACGGAAACAAAGGCGCAGGACGGAGUCCACUAGACUGGGAAGUACGGUCACGUAUCGCCCUUGGAGCUGCUCGUGGACUAGACUAUCUUCAUUCGCAAGAUCCGUUAAGUUCUCAUGGGAACGUCAAGUCUUCCAACGUUCUCUUAACAAACUCCCACGAUGCACGAGUCUCUGACUUCGGUUUGGCUCAGCUCGUCGGCUCUUCAACCGCAACCACAAACCGUGUUACAGGGUACCGUGCGCCGGAAGUAACUGAUGCGAGGCGUGUUUCGCAGAAGGCGGAUGUGUACAGCUUUGGUGUGGUGCUGCUAGAGCUGCUGACGGGGAAAGCGCCGUCUAACUCGGUGAUGAAUGAGGAAGGGAUGGACUUGGCGAGGUGGGUGCAUUCGGUGGGGAGAGAGGCGUGGAGGAGUGAGGUUUUCGAGUCGGAGCUGAUGAGUUUGGAGACGGUGGUGGAAGGAGAGAUGGAGGAGAUGCUGCAGCUGGGGAUUGAGUGUACGGAGCCACACCCUGACAAGAGGCCAGUGAUGGUGGAGGUGGUGAGGAGGAUCCAGGAGUUGCGCCAAUCGGGUUUGGAUCAGGUUCUCUAGACCCAUGGAUGCAAGGAGGCUCGAGAGGUUCACUAGUGUGAACGAUGGUAUGAAACGCGGCGUUUGCUGAUGUCUUUCUCUCUAGAUGUGAAAUGUUAGUUUAAGAAUAUGGCGGGGAAUUAGAGUUGGGGUCGUUAAUUAGUUUCAUAAUUUUGGUUUUCUUUUUCUUUUUUUUUCUCGUGUGUGUGGACUGGGGCACUGAUAAUGAUGAGUUCGUUGAGGUUGUAAUUAUUAGUGCUUUUAACUUUAAUUUUUAUUUCAGUAUUGUUUCA